AGUAUGUGCAUUGCUAAUCCAACUGUCUAUUUUGCUAGGGAACGGAAAAAGUUGAGGGUAUGAUCUUAAAAGUAUCUGAAGAUGUACACUUGAUAGAAGCUGAAGCAUUUACCAAUAUGAAGAGUUUAAGAUUGCUCCAAAUCAAUGAUGUACAUCUCAAAGGAUCUUAUGAGCAUCUCUCAAAAAAGCUAAGAUGGCUUUGUUGGCAUAAGUGCCAUCUAAAAUGUCUUCCACAUAAUUUUCAUCUAGAGAACCUUGUUGUUCUUGACAUGCAGUAUAGUAAUGUUGAACAAGUUUGGGAGAAGAACAAAAUACUCAACAAGUUGAAGGUCCUAAAUCUCAGCAAUUCCAAACGUCUCACCAAAUCACUAGACUUUUGUCAAGUGCCAAAAUUGGAGAUACUAGUACUUGAAGGUUGCACGAGUUUGGUUGAGAUUCACGAGUCCAUUGGAUGUUUGAAAAACCUUGUUUUGCUGAAUUUAAAAGGAUGCAAGAGUCUUAUGAAUCUUCCAAGCAGCAUUUCUAAUUUAGAAUCUCUCAAAACUCUUAAUUUGUCUGAUUGCUUAAAAGUUGACAAGUUACCGGAUCAAGUAGGGAGUAUGAUGGCUUUAACAGAGCUUCUUGCAGAUGGAAUUGCUAUUAAGCAACUACCAUCCUCCUUUGGUCUUUUGAAGAAUCUUGAGGUUGCAUCAUUAUCUGGACGUAAAGAACAAUCCUCAAAAUCUUGGUUGUCACUUCUCUCAUCAUUGAUGUCACCAAAAAGCUUGAACCCAGUAUGUUUCCUACCACCUUUCGUUUCUGGAUUACGUUCUUUGACAGCACUACAUCUUUCUGGGCGCAAUUUGUCUGAAGAUGGGUUUCCUGUUGAUUUUGGGAAUUUAUCUUCACUCCAGUUUUUGGAUUUAUCAAGAAACAAUUUUCGUAACCUACCUGAUUGCAUUGGCUGCCUUCCUAAAUUGUACAAUUUGCAUUUGCAAGAGUGUACGAAUCUUCAAUCAAUUUCAGGAGUCUUCACAAGUGUAGGUCUCUUGGAUACAAGUGAUUGUACAUCAAUGGAAAGACUCAAUUUCGUCGAACCAUAAAAGAGGACUACUUUUUGACCUUCGUAAUUGCCACAAAUUGACUGAGAUUCAAGGCUUGGAGAAUUGGGAAUUUGAUUCUAUUCACUCAGAAGGUUGUAACAAUCUAGCAUAUGAUUUUAGGAAUCAUUACCAGUGUCCGUCAACCAUGGGCGAUGAUGAGUCUCGUGUCAUUUGCCUCCUUGGUAGUGAGGUUCCAAGUUGGUUCAGCCAUCAGGGAAUUGGGUGUUCGAUAUCUUUCCGUGCACCUUCAAUUUCAAAGGGUCAAUUCCUUCGGUUGCUUGUUUGUGCUGUUUAUGCAACCGACAUAGGAGCAUCUGGCCACGUGACAAUUCUUCCUCUCGUGGAAAUCCUAAAUAAAACCAGAGGCAACACCCACUUUCUUCGUCCAACAGAAAUUGAUACUCACAAGCAUUCCUUUCUCUUUCCAAAUAAAGAAGACCAUUUCUUUCUGUACCUGACGCCACUCAUAAGAAAUAAAUAUGUGCUGGAAAGUGGACUCAUAUUUAAUGAAUUGGUGAUGGAAAGUGGAGAUGAAAUUGAGGUGUCCAUCAGUAUUUGGGGACUUGAUGUGAAGAAAUGUGGAAUUCAUCUUCUGGUUGAUGAGGCAAAUGUAAU